CAAUAAUAUCCACUAUCACCUUCCUAUACCAAUGCUGAUAAUAAGAACUUCAUGUUUCGACAAUGGAGCUAUGUAUAACGGCUUCAGUUAAGUGUUUUAGAAGCCAAACCAUGAAACUAUUAUACACCACUAUUCUUCUUCUUCUUCUUCUUCUUCUUGUACUAUUUCUGUGCACUUGCAAUGCUGCUGACCCUUUAGGUAACUUAUACAAUGAAGGACAUAGCAGCAACAGCACUGUAUCAGCCAAUAUUGAUCAUCUUCUUUCACAAGUAGUUUCUAAAUCUUCCUCUUCAGGUUACAUUGCUACCUCCUUCGGAAAAGGCGAGGAUAAAGUGUACGGCCUAGCACAAUGUAGGGGUGAUGUGAACACCACAGACUGCUCCAGUUGCCUCAAAGACGCGGUGAACGAAAUCCGCCAGCGCUGUCCUGACCAAGCAGAUGCAAGAAUUUGGUAUGACUUUUGUUUCCUGAGGUAUAAUACGGAGGAGUUCAUUGGAAAACUUGACACUUCUUUUGCUAUUUUUUACUACAAUGUUGAGAAUGUCACAGACCCACGUCCUGAAGAUUUCAACAAAAAAUUAGGUGCUUUGAUGGAUAACAUUAGAUCAGAAGCUGUCGUUCCAAAGAAUCAAGGACUUGGCAAAGAUGAAACUAAGUUGUCACCAUUUAGUACACUAUAUGCUCUGGUGCAGUGCACAAGGGAUCUUGCUGCAGUAGAUUGUGCUCAGUGUUUAGCCAUUGCAGUUGGGAAUUUCCCAAACUUCUGCAGCAACAGGAAGGGCUGCAGGGCACUAUAUAGUAACUGUUAUGUUCGAUACGAGCUGUACCCAUUUUUCUUCCCUCUCGAUUCGAGCAAUUCUUCAUCGUCACCAGUUGGUUCUACAUACGUCGUACCGGUUCAUGCAUAGAUUUUCAAGCACCAGUUUGCUCUAUCAGACAUAAAUUUCUGUAAGAAAUAAAAAUGAACUAUCAACUAAUGCUGAUAGUACUAUUCUAAUUAUGCAUAGUGUUAUUUGUCCCUGUCAUGAUUGCACAAUUUUAGCCAUCCAUGGGUGUGGGACUGAGCCCCACUUCAUAAAGUUGUCUAUUGACACCUACUAUAUGGGUAAUGAGAUACAAGUCAGCCUUAUCUUAGAUGGUGGAGGGAUGAAAUGGAUAAGAAUUAUCUCCGCUUCCAACUUCGGAGGGAGAUGAAGCGAGAUUAAGAUUUAUCUACUCUUCCAACUUAAGUUAUUAUUCCAGAUUCUCUUCA